AAUCAUUGGUCAUAACCAAUAUGAUUUGGAAACUGAAAUCCGUUCUCAUAGGAAGCUAUGGAUGGGUUUUGUUUUUGACUUUUUUGCCAUAUUUGGUAUCCACGGUCAGAGUUUACCAUGCUUGGAAUCAACACUUGUUGGCUAAGGAAGGUGAGACUGUGGAACCAGGCGUCAAGAUUGCUGUCAUCUCAAAAUCAGGUGAAGGUGCACCACAAGUUGCUCCAUUGGAACAGCCUGCUAGCCAGCCAUCACCUCCCAAAAAGCAGGAAAGUGUAGAAAAGCAAACCCCUAAAGCAGAAACUGCCCCUGUCAAGGAGGCAAAGAAAGAACCAUCUCCACCACCCAAGGCUAAGGGGCUUCCAUCACCACCUAAACCCACAGAACCCCAGCUUCCUCCUAAGGACAGGGAAAGACGAGUUCCGAUGACAAGACUUAGGAAACGAGUUGCAACACGCUUGAAAGAUUCUCAGAAUACAUUUGCUAUGUUGACAACAUUUAACGAAGUUGAUAUCGGUUCCUACAAAUAUGGAGGCCCUCUAUUGGAGAAAAGAAAGUCUGUGGAGAAAAAAGUGUUGCUAUGAAGGGGCAGCUGAAGC